GAGGUCCUUGUAGUCCUGAUUAGACAUCAUCAAAAGUCUUCAGCCUGAAUGAACCAAUACCUAUACACAGGUCCCUAUAGUAACGAGAAGACAUCAUCAAAAGUCUUCAGCCUGGGUCAACCAUUACAUGAACAGGUCCCUAUUGUAACGACAAGACAUUAUCAAAAGCUGACGAAAUCUACAGACUGUUGUGCAGGUUAUAUAUGGAAUGAAAAGAAAUCGAUAUGUCAAGAGUGUUCUCUUGGUUAUGUUGGCUUUGGCUGUGACAAAAAGUGCCCAUAUCCGUCAUUUGGGAAGGGAUGUCAGUUCAUAUGUAAUUGUACCAUAGAAGAAUGCAGCUUCAACUUGGGAUGCAAAAAGAAUGCAGGCAAGUAUUUCAGAUAG